CUCGAGAGAAGGAUUCAAGGUGUAAACAAUGUCUGGUUGUUAAUAGAAUGGAAGUUUGUGUCUCCCGUGUAAAUAGGUGUCCCCUUGGUCUGUGUUGACACUUUCUUACUUUUACUAUGGCUGAAGGUGGUCUCCCUCCGGACCUGGACUUACACUUACUGGAGUGUCCAAUCUGCCUGGAGCGACUUCAACAACCCAAGUCCUUACCCUGUCUCCACUCCUUCUGUCAGGAUUGCCUCUGGAUCUAUAUCACCAAGGAGCUGUCCGGGAAGAUGGCGUCGGCAACAUCCUUUCCUUGUCCGGUCUGUAGGAGGACGACCUCUCCCGUUAAUCAGACAGAAACAAAGGACAAAUGGGCAAAACAGUUCCCGACUAAUAAUGUAGCCCAUGACAUUAUCCAGCUCGGGGAACGUUCGUCUGAACCAAUAUACUGCAAACCAUGUCAGACAAAAGGAAAUAAAACCAGCCCAGCACAAUUUUGGUGCAAGACGAUGAAUAUCAGUUUGUGUGAGUCUUGUAAGGUACAACUUCAUGAUAUAUUGCAUAAUGACUGUGAUAUAUUGGAUAUCACCGUUUACGUAAAUACUCAUUGUAAACAUGACAAGUCUGUCCCUCGAUGUGACCGACACGACGAGAAAAUGAUUUGGUAUUGUGAAGACCACCAACUUCUGUGCUGCCCCGAAAGUGUGAUCGAAGACCACAGAGGUUGUGAAGAGGUGACAAAAACGACGGAAUAUUUUAAAAAGUUAAAGUCAGGAGAACAACUAAAAGAGAUGCAGGCUGCGCUGAAGAAAGGAGCAGAGGUCAUGGACUCAGUAGUAAAGGACUUUGACCAACAACUCCAGGCGAUGUUACAGAACCAAGAAAUAGCACUGCAGAUCAUCUCCGACCUACGUCGAAAGGUCGACAAACGACUAGACAAGCUUCAGAAAGACAUCACCGACGACUUGAUUACAUUGUUCAAAAAAGAGAAAAGAGACAUGGAGGCAUCAUCACAGCAGUGCGAACGUCUGAUGAACGGAAUGAAAAAUACCCUGAAGUCGUCCAUUAGAGCCGUAGAAGGAAACAACGACACUGAGACGAUAGUGUUGUAUCAGAGAGGACAGGCAGAAGUAGAGUCGUGUAAAAGCCUCGUCAGAGACAUGCGCAAGUCAUUCACAUCCGUUAGCAUCGAGCAUCAUAUUGCUUCUGGAAAUGAUAUAAUUAGCGAUGACGCGAUGGGAAAGAUUGUCGUACGGAAACAACCGCGAUGCAUCCCAGAGGGUCAUAUCGAAUUUGCAAACCCAAUGUCAGAACGACGUGUGAAAGAAAUCGGAAAGUUCAGCAUCAAGUCACCGUCAGAUAGAAAGAAUUGCUACGCAGUUGGUGUUGUGUACCUGCCAUGUGCACACAUAGUAGUAAGUGAUUAUAACAACAAAAAGCUUAAGUUGUUUACGGACAAAGGGCAGUACCUGGACGAGUUGGCCGUUCAAGGAUAUCCCAGGGAUAUGUGUCUGAUGACCAACAACACGGUGGCGGUCGCUGUCGGGGGGCCCGGUGGUAUACGUGUCGUAAAGGUCAAGGCCUCAAAACUCUUCCUAGCAUCUGAGAUCAACAUGUCAAAUCGUAAAUACUGUUAUGGUAUAACGCAUACUGAUGGAAAGUUUGUCAUAGGUACUAGUGGAGGAGAGGUAUACAGUAUCACACAGAACGGAGCAGCCGUAUUAUUAUACACACAUAACAGCACGUGUUGGUCCCUCACUCAUGAUCGAAUGACGAGAAACACAUUUGUCAGUGUCAGUAACACCAACCCGGGGAGCGUCGUUGUGUCUAGGUUGUCAGCUGACAAACCUCACAGGAGUGUGAUGUCGGUCGGUGUCGUGAUGGGAGCUAGGGGAAUAGACGUGGACAAGGAGGGUAACAUCUACGUGUGCGGCAUGGAUUCACACAACAUCGUUCAGAUGUCUAGGGAUGGGGCACACGUAAGGGAACUACUUACGACAUCAGAAGGAGUGCACAAUCCAUGCUCUUUAGCUGUUCGUGGUGAUACAUUUGUGGUAACUAGCACUAGUAAUACAGAUGAGGAUAAUUAUAUUGCCGUCUUUGCACUUGUUUAAACGAUAUAAAUAAUAAUACCUUAGUAAAUUGAUCACUUUCAAUUUUUGCGUCCUAAAACAAUCAAAUAAACAAUAUUUAAAUAUACAUAUUUACAUUUCUACUGAACUUCGACUCAAUAUACCUACUACACAUUUUAAAGUUUGUUUCUCAAGAACUUGCCAGUUGGCGUAUUGAAACACAGCAUAUUAUCAAUAUGAAUUACCUCCCUCUUGUUUGAAAAAGUACAUUUUUUAGUCUCAUAACAAUUUGCAUUUCUUCAAUAUUUAAUUUUAUCAAGAGUAAUGA